AUGAGCACAUCAACGUGCAAAAUUCCCUGUAUCGUGGAGGGCUGUGCCUACACUGCUAUUCAAACUGAAGUUCGAAGGCAUCUCAAGAACGUUCACCGCCUUUCAACACAGGAAUUAGAGAAUUUCAACAACCAGAUUGUUGCUGCCAAAGUAGCUGAAAAAGGUACAGCUAUGUAUGCCUGCAAUGACUGUAACGGGAAAUAUUCAUCCAAAGCGUCAGUUCUCAACCAUUACCGUCGGGCACAUCCAGACACCUCGGAUCCCAGUAAAAUUACACUGUAUCCUACAGCAAAGCAGGCAUGGUUCUCACAGAGGCAAGAAGACACAGGAUCAACUCUCACAACCCGAACAUCUACUACAGAUGGCAAAAGAAAAGUGACUUUAAUGAAUUGUAUUCACGAGGGAUCCCAUGAGCCAAAUGUAGUGCAAGGGCUGAAGAAAGGUCAUUCCAGCAAGAAAGUCACUGGUAGUGCAGUGUGCACGGCAUUUUUAAAGUUGGUGCAGCUAGGCCAGAAGUUUACGGUUGAGGCGUGCUUUCAGCAUUACGGUCACGAAAUCAAGGUGGCAGAUUUGAGUUUGACCUCUAAUCAGAAGAUGGAAAUUUCCGCUCUGGCAUCUAAGGGCUUGUCUAAUAAUGCAAUUAUUGAGGAACUGAAAAAGAGUUCGGACGAAUUAUCAAAACUUUUCUAUCUUUUGCCGCAAGAUAUCAGAAAUCUAAGAAAUUCGUUGAAUUUGAACCAGGAACAGUUGGAUAGGGACGAUUUGGAAUCAGUGAAAAAGAGAGUUAUGCUGGAGGAUCCCGCCGACGGAUUCCGUCAUUUCACGCUUCCAGACGAAAAUGGAUUGAACUUCACUCUAGUUGUAAUCACACCACAGCACAUGGAAAAUUUGAAGAAGUACUCUCACAAAAUGGUUUUAUUGGAUGACACACACAAUGUGAGCCGGUACGGAUUGAAACUCACGACCAUUACUGUAAUCGAUAAUUCUGAUAGAGGAGAGCCAGCAGAAAUCAAAAAAUUACUGCCAGAGUUCCGACCGGCAUAUUUCAUGACUGAUGAAGCGAACUGCUUCUGGAACGGGUUUUCAGCUGUUUUUGACAACACCCACACCCACAAAGUAAUUUGUAGGUGGCACGUUUUGAGGUCGUGGAGGAAAAGAGCUAAAGCCUUGCUGAUUACCGAUCCUGAAAUUAUGAAUCAUACCAUCAGAUCUUUGGUGGAACUGGUACGUGAGCCUAGAAGAGACCGAGUAAUUCAUCGAAUGCUAUCUAUAUUGACUACAUUGGAACAAUCGGGCAAAAGAAAUGCUAAAGAAUUUGCCAGCUAUUUUUCAAAAUAUUACUACGAGCGCAUAGAUGAAUGGUCAGCCUCGUCUCGAGAAAAUAUUGCUUGCCAUACAUCGAUGUUUGCAGAAUCAUGGCACUCGGUUCUAAAGGCUCAAAUUGGAAAGAAACGGGGAAUUAGGUGUGAUAAAUUAAUCGCGAUUCUAUUAUCAGCCACGAAAAUGGUUGCUCAUCGAAAAUUGGUCCAGAAAGCAAGAAAUAUGUAUGCGGCCUGUCCCAGAAAAGGACAGAACCACAGCAAAUGCCGACAGUUUCACAAAGAUGAAAGUCACUACAUAAUCGCUCAGAAUGACGACGGAUCAUACCGAGUUAGUAAUCAACGAGAAAAUAAGGAAUACAUCGUGACUGAUUUUUUGAAUUGCUUCUGCGAUGAAAAUGAGAACACUCAUUGCGAAAAUUGUCAUGCCUGUGCAUAUCGUUAUCACUGCGACUGCCUCUUCAGUAGGUGUUGCUUGUAAGCAUACACAUGGGUUCUUGACUUAUAUCGAUGGCGGCACUAUUGCAUGCAAAUUUACGAAAAAAGUUAAGAAACCGAGACCCCGGAAUGAGAAAUGACCUCAACAAGAUUGAAGAAUUUUAUAAGGAAAUGCUCGAGCAAACGGGUACGAGUGCAUUGGUAGUACGCACAGACGCCAACGGGCCGACAAUGACAGCAAGCCAAUCGAUGCACAUGGCCCCUGCGUUGAAAAUUCGUAAAAAGGCAGAGAAAGAGAAUACGCCAACCGCAACACAAGACCCUGCACUUGAUCCGGAUACUCACCCAGAACAGCAUGAGAGCCGAAUUACUGAUUGGAAGAGAUGUAUUUUGUGUAAAAAUCCGGCGCAUUACGAUUGCACACUAAAUGCCCAUGCUCCAACAAUUCUAAAUUCGAGCUUUAUCCGUCUAAUUUUCAGAUUGAAUUCGAUUCCGAUGAAUCGUCGGACUCGUAACUGAAC